AUGGCAAUGAAAAAUCAAGAAAAUGUUGGAAUUUUAAAGAAAUUUCCAGAAGCUUCUAAUAAAAUGUAUUCAUUUGGGAGUAAUGUGAAGAAAAUAGCUAAAGAAGAUCCAAGAAAAUUAAUUCAUUCAAUUAAAGUUGGAUUAGCAAUUGCAUUAGUUUCAUUGUUUUACUACUUUGAACCAUUGUUUGAUUAUGAAGGAUUUGGUGUUUCUUCAAUGUGGGCUGUUUUAACAGUUGUUGUCGUCUUCGAAUUUUCUGUUGGAGCAACACUUGGGAAAGGAGUUAAUAGAGGAUUAGCAACAUUUUUAGCUGGUUCAUUAGGUGUUGCAGUUCAUAGACUUGCUACCUUUACAGGGUCAGACAAAUUGCAACCAAUAAUACUUGGAUUAUCUGUUUUUUCAAUAGCUGCGGUAGCGACAUUUUUGAGAUUCGUACCAAAAUUGAAAGCGAGAUAUGACUAUGGCAUUCUCAUUUUUAUUUUGACGUUCUCAAUGAUAUCUGUCUCGGGGUAUCGGGACCCUGUGGUGCUUGAUAAGGCGAUUACCCGAGUAACUACGAUCCUCAUUGGGGGCGCGGCGGCGAUCAUGUUUAAUGUGAUUAUAUACCCGGUAUGGGCCGGUGAAGAUCUACACAAUUUAAUUGCCACAAAUAUUGAAGAUCUUGGAAUUUCUCUUGAAGGAUAUGGAACUCAAUACUUCAAGAAAAUAGAUGUGAAGUCUGAAGAGGAAGUAGAGAGAAUAUCUCUUAAGGAAUACAAAUGUGUUGUCUACUCAAAAGCUAGUGAAGAAAAUCUGGUCAAUUUUGCAAAAUGGGAGCCACAUCAUGGAAAAUUCAGAUAUAGACAUCCAUGGGGUCAAUAUUUGAAAAUUGGAGAUAUUGUUCGUGAAUGUGCCAUUAAAAUCAAUGCUUUGAAUUCAGAUCUUACCUCUUGCAAUAUGACACAAGAAGGAAGGAAAAUAAUUCAAGAACCAUGCACAAAGAUGAGCAUAGAGUGUGGUAGUGCAUUGAAGGAAAUAGCAAUGUCAAUGAAGACAAUGACAAUUUAUCCAACAAUUGAUUCACAUAUUCUAAAAGCAAAAUCAUCAUCUGAAAAACUAAGAUCCAUAAUUAGAAAUGGUGAUUUAAUUGAAGAAUUAGAGUUGCAAAAACUACUUCCAUCAACAAGAAUUGCUUCACUUAUGCUAGACAUAGUGUCAAAUUCAAUAGAAAUUGUGAACUCUGUGAAUCAACUUGCUACACUAAUGAAAUUCAAGAUUUUGUCAUCAAAACCAAAGAGAUUAGGGAGCAAGAGUAGAAUCCCAAGUGGAAAUAUUGGAGAAGCACACCUUGUGGUUAAUGUUGAGUGA